CGUAGCUUUACUUCAUGAGGCUAACGGUCUAAACUAGAUCUAGACUUUUAGGUUUAAUAACCUUUGUUGUUAGAGAGGGACUGUUACUGCCUCAUUUUUCUUUUACAGAACGCUUCUGAGUAGGGAAAAACAUAGAACAAGAUUUAAAGCGUCCGAAAGAGGUGAAGACACAAGAUGAUGAGUCAAAAAAUCAUCAAUGAGACAUUCACUACACCUGGUUCACAGAGGGUCUACAGACAUGGAGAAUCCGUCAAAGGUUCAGUGUCCUUCGAAGCUACAUCCGAUGUCAUGGUCGAAGGUGUACAUAUUUACCUCUGCGGAGCUUCACUGACCAAAUGGAGCAGUGGAGAAUCUCAUGUGGUGGGCAAGGAAAUCUAUCUUCACCAGUACCAAACGCUCUUUGGUUAUGACCCAGACAUCAGGGGAUGUCACAUGCUGCCCAGAGGUAAACACACUUACAGCUAUUCAUUUAGCCUGCCGUCAGAUGGACUGCCCAGCUCGUUCGAAGGUUCUUAUGGUGCCAUUCGGUACUGGCUUCGCGUGGUCGUUGUCCAGCCGUUUCCCCUCACCAACCACGUAUUCUACCGGAGUUUGACGCUGCUGGCUGACGUGCCCGUGAGGACAACCGACAACCUGAGACCGUACAAGACUACAAGGGACAAGACCAUAUCCAAAGCACUGGGCUUUGGAGACGCUGGUCGCCUCACUUUGACCGUUGGCCUGGACAGGAAGGCCUACUGCCCCGGCGAGUCCAUGCUCAUUGACGUUACCGCCAAGAACGAAAGCUCGAAGGACCUCGGAGUGGUCAAGGCAUCCUUAAUCCAGGUAGUUACCUUCAAAGCCCAGGAUGAAGACAAAACAACAAAAGUUCCCAUUCAUUCGCUUCUGUCCGAAAAGCUUAAAGCUGGGCAAACAAUCUCGUGGGAAAAGCAGCCUUUUCUAGUUUCUGCAAUGCCACCUUCAACGAAACCUGCCACCUGCUACAUUAUCGAUGUGAAGUAUAAGCUGAAUAUCAAAGUUGAGGUCCCUUACGGUUUUGAUCUCGAGUUUCCGCAUCCGAUAACAAUCGCAACACUUCCGUUUCAGCCCGAGCACAAAGGUCCUGCUGCUGCGGGUCAAACAAUCCAUGUUCUGGGAAAUGCACAGUGUACCAAAGGAGUGGAAAAGUUUUCUGGAAAUGAUGGCAUGUUUGAUAUUUUCUCUUUCACGCCUUAUUCUGCCUACGUGUCCGAAAAACGUGUAGCGAAUAAUGUGGGCACAGCUAAAAAGGCGACACAAAACCCGGCUGCUGUGAAAAGGCCACAGCCCAGUGCACCCCCUGUGAACGCCCAACCAAAUGUCGGAGCUGGUGCGAGUGGAGGAACCGUGAGAGCGACAUCUGCAGACCAAAGAAAAGACAAGCCUUUAGUAUAUCCUUCUCCUCGGCAGGAGAAUGGAGCCUGCCCCACAGCUCCACCCAUGUACACCGGCCCCCAGGAUGCUCCACCAUCGUAUUUGGAAGCUAUUGGGGCUAUCCCAUCAGGAACUGCGCCAGCCUCGGGAACCGGGAAAGGCGCCGUUCUAGUGGUCGCAUUCCCAGAAAAGAUAAUCAAGGAGGCAAAGACUUUCUUUCUGUCUACUGAGUCUAGAACUUUAGCAUCACACGAUGGUCAAGUUAUGUGUAUAAAUGUCCGUCCAUUUACAAAGACGGAAAGUCUGAUCCUGUGGCCCAGAAAAAUGGCAAUUGCCUUCCUAUAUUUCCAAGGUCAGACCCAAGCUGAGGCCUGGUCGAAGAUGGUAAUGGCAGACUCACCUGGUUUGACAAAAGAAUGGGUCGUGUUUGUGGCUGAAAGUAGUAAGACAAAGGGGACGCGGCCGGAUCCGAGCUUCAAGGUGUGUGAGGUGUCUGUCUCGCGCCAGCUUGUUUCCACUGACGUGUUGGUGUCGGAACUGAAGAAAGAUAGCCAAAAACGAUUCGUUUCAACAUUAACAAAGGCCAAAGCUGGAGUUAAAAAAGUAGUCACUAACGGAAAUUUUAAGUUUCUUCAAGGGGACUGGUCGUCACUGGGUGACGCAAGCUUUUUUAAUACAAGACAGCCCCAACAAGAUAGUUCAUCAAAAUGGAACGAGCAGUUAGUCAAAAAGGCAAAGGCACCAUUGUCGAAUGCGGAGGUAGAAACCUCUGCGUCCUCCUCAUCACCGACACCGCCACCCUCCUCCUCUUCACCGUCACAUUGUUCGGAAGAAGCUGAAGCCUCUCCCGGUGCCGACAAAGCUCUUGCAGAAAAAGAUCAAGCCUCAGAUGAGAGAAAAUUCGAGGAGGAGAACGAUGAAGACACAAGUGACUCAGAGAAAGCGGAAGGUAGUGGGAUAGCGUACUUGGAUGAGCCCAUUGUCACAAUGAGAUUGCACCAAUAUCAGGAUAUGGACGUUUAUUACAACGAUUCAGAGAAGAUUGUUGAAGACAAUGAGUUCAUGACUUGGAUAGAGAAGGGCAUGGAGUACAUACAAAUAAUUACAAACGCCGUGUGUCCCUCAAAAGGCUUUUAAAAGCAAUUCCCAUAUCUAGGAGUGACUGUAGGUGAGAGAAAAAAAACACCAGUAAGUACAUGAUACCAUUUUACAUUUAUACAAGAUAAUGACUGCACCAUUCAAUAAGUCUAACAAAAUUCAAUGUCAAAAUUGCGAAGUGAUGAAAAAAUGAAGGUUCCCAAGGGGAACUGGAUAAAGAGGAUGUCUACCUUUUGAUUCAAUGGGGAGACAGGAAGGUAGUCCAACAAAAAUAUUGUUAACAAGUUGUCGUCGUUUCUAUUCUUGGCUAUGCUGUGGUUCAUUACAAUAUUGCGGUUGUUGCUGUUGUUUAGUGUGUUUUUGUUGUUGUUGUUGUUGUUGUUGUUGUUGUUGUUGUUGUUGUUGUUGUUGUUGUUGUUGGGGGGGGGGUGGGAGUUAUCUGUUCCAAAUGAGUUUAAGGCACUAUUUGAGAUUUUCAACGUUUCCAAGGAAAGUACGUGCAGUGGAAUUUCGGGGAAGGGGAGGUUGUCUUCUGAUUAUCGGCAGAUAAUCGUCACAACGAGAGCUGAAGAAAGACGACACAGAGGGAAAAAACUUAUUGAACUUGUUCUUCAGAGACUCAUUCCUUUUCACACCUGAAUGUCCAGGACAAGAAAUCCUAGUGAUCGUCCACAGAAUUCUCUGAUUGAUUUCGCUAAGCCACCAUUCAGCAUAGAUGGACCCGCACUACGCCACCCUUAUGCUAACCUCAAGGACAAAGCACCAUAAAUAUGUGUCACGACGCGGUGGAAUCAGGCGCUCGUCAAUUUUGGGC